AUGGGGCGUGCCACCUCUGAUGUUGGUGCGGGCAUCGUGUGUCCCACUGUAGCCGCUCCCCCUCCGAAGGUUGCCGGCAUGCGGUGCCCCGACUCGGCCUGUCUCCGGUCCCGCGAGGAGUGGAGAAGCGAUAAGGGUUGGCGAGGGUACCCCAGGCCCAAGCGUGUCCAGGGUGACGAGUGUCGGGUCUGGAGGAGCUCGAUGCAAGCCGCUAGCGAGGCAGCAGACAAGCAGCUGGUCGCACGCAGCAGCUGCCCGGCCGAUGGGGUGCGGUGGUGGCCGAUGAGGCCCCAGCUGGACGUCCGUGUGCAGCCUUCUGCAGGAGGGGGCGUCAAGUGA